GUUGCAUUGCGUCCCAUCAAUAGCGACUGGAAUGACAUUGCCGCUUUCACAGUCCAUCAUGGAGGCAAGUGAACAAUCGGCAAAGUCAAGACAAAGAAGUUAAUGAGAACGGUGCUUCAAACAUGCUCAAAUAUUUCGUCCAAUGGGAAAACAGCUACACAGUACCCACUGGAACACCCGGUCAGGUUUUCGAUGACUUUCUAGAUAUCAGUGGAACGAUGAUUCGUUCCUGAAAAUCAGCCAGAGGCAGUUGCACUCUUGCAAGCUACAGCGGCGGGUUUUGGACAUGACCCUCCGAAUAUGGAAUCUUCUGCAUCGAGAUAUCAACAAGGCUAGCCCUGAUCGUGAUCAGCAGGUCGGAAUAUUUGAAAACCCAACCCACAUGACUAUCGCAAGUCAUCGAGUCGACGCAAGGAAUCCAGUGGUUGCCGUUUUCAAAUCAACGAAUCCAGAUGGCUCUAAGAAAUACCCUCUUGAACUUAGCACUCAAUUUUUCGUCACCAAGAUUCUGUUCAACGCUACUAGAGUAAACAGCAAGACUCCUCGAACAACAGGUAUCGGGUUUCUGGCAGGAAAGAGCAUGUUCAGUCCAGACCCUCGAUUCAACGGCAGUGUCAAGGAGACGAGCCCGUCUCCGAGGAAAGUGUCUUGAGAUACAAAGGAUUAUAUUUUGAAGCAGGCCUGGCGGCAU